AUGGAAGAACGAGGCAGAAAGAAAGAGAAGAUACGAUUUAGAAAUACGAUAGACCCGGAGUUUUCCAGAUUAAGACGAGCUUUAAAUUGGUUGAAACCAACUGGAGUAGUCGGGAUUAUGCAUGGCUGUAUUUUGAUGGCGACAGCCGUCACGAUUAUCCUGUCUUUCAAACGAACCUUUUUAGAAGGCCAAUCAUACAGCUCGAGAAUUACACCAAACUUUGUGAUAGGCAUAACGAGUUUAGCGGCCGGUGUGAGAGCAGUUUGUAUCAAAUCAGAAGUUGGAUUCAGUUUAGAUAAACCAGCUUUAAAAUGUGUGGUAGGAUUUUGUGGUGUAUCAACAUUUGUGUCGCUCGCCAUGUCCGUUUUGUUAAUUUGUUUAUCUGCGUUCGAAUACAACACUCUAAUCUCCGAUCCUCCUAAUUAUAGUUUUAUUGGCGACCGCAUAGCUUUAAAUAUAAUGAACUUAGUCGUAAGCAGUAUUUCUACACUUGUGUGUGCCGCAAUGUUAGUCGUGUACGUUAGAGUGGCGAUGCGGUUUCCGUUGGUGAAACCGUUACAAUCGGAGAGACAUGCGGAAAAUGGAAUUUCUGUGAUAAGUAAUGGACAUGUGAUACCGUUGUCGGCCAGUGACGCACCGGAUGUGUUUGUAAUUGGUGUUCGUAAGACAGGUUACGUGAACGGAAGUUAUACAUCACAUGAAUCUGUGGCAGACGUUGGAAGUGACCCACACCACGGCAAUACUAAAGUCGCAAACGGACAUAUGCGAAAUGGACGCAUCGCAAGUGUAACAGACGAUACUAUUAGCCUCGAUUCAUCCAAUACGUCACUUCCGGCGAACAGAGGAAUACCGAUCAACGCUAAUAUCCGUCAAGCCGGAGUCGGUCCGUUAGCUACAGAAAACCCAGUAGUGAUCCACGUUAGAAGUUUAUCUCGGAGUCCGGUGAAUGUAAACAUGAAAAUCGGAAGUAGUUCUCCGACAUAUCAGAACCGCCAUGUUGUUCCUGAUAAUAGACAUCGAACAAACGACCAAACUGUCCCGCAGAAAGAAACUUUAUUGGCCGUAGCCAAUCGAAAUUCAAUGAAAUAUUCAGAUGGAAACAAUGGAAUUCCGACCAAUUGGAACACUGCUAGAAAUUCUGAAAGGGGUUAUUAUGAACAAGCCAAUCGGAAUACAGGAAGACAAUUAGAUCGUCCAUUGAGUAUUUCAGCCAAUCGAAAUGAGGGAAGGCAUAGUGAAGCGGCCAAUCGGAACACAGAAAGACAUGUAGACCGACCGUUUGGUGUCUCUGCCAACAGAAAUGAAGCAAGGCAUUCUGAAACGGUCAAUCGAAAUACAGGCCGACAGUACGGUGUGUCAACCAUUAGGAAUGACGCGAGACAAUACGAACCAACCAAUCGGAAUUCAAAUAGAAAUUCAGAUUAUAAUUUAACGGCCAAUCGGAACCGAGAAUUAUAUUUACACCGUGCUUAUAAUCCACGAGCCAAUCAGAUGGCUGGAUAUUCUAACAGUAGUAAUGAUAGUGGGAUUGAAAAUCAAAAUAUUCCUGAGUUACGACAAGCUGAACUGUUCGGGGUUAGAUUAGACCGGAGUCCCAGAAUGUCCCGGAAUUCAGACGUUUGA